CGGUAGAGUAUUUCCACGCGUGUAGACUGCCUGAAGACCACUCAUUCAAACAUGGCUCGCCUGAGUUGGACGCCAGCGCUAUAUUGCUCACUGAGGCGGAGGCGUGUAGUUUGCAGACGAAGUCAUUUCAACCUUUCCGCGCUUCUGAGGACAACACUGCAUUUAGACUGACAGGUCUGGCUUAUUCUCUACGGCUUCCAGCCAGGAUGAAGGAUCUCAAAGGCAAGACAGCCGUCAUCACCGGCGGUGGAACCGGAAUCGGCCUCGCGCUUGCGCUCCAACUCGCAGAGCAAGGCUGCAACGUGGUCGUCUCCUCAACCUCCAAAGAGCGUCUCAGCGCAGGCGCCAAUCAGAUCCGCGAAGCCUCCCCGAACGUCAAAGUCUUCGACAUAAUCUGCGACGUGUCGGACCGCGCGGCCGUCAAGAACCUCAAAGCCGAGAUCACCAAAGCGGGCCUGCAAGUCGACAUCCUCGUCUGCAAUGCGGGAGUGACGACAAGCGGCCCCUAUCACAUGCACAGAGACUCCGACUGGGACUGGGUCUACGGCGUCGUGCUCCACGGCACGCAAUACUGCAUCCAAGAAUUCUACCCCGACAUGGUGGAGCGCCGGUCCGGCCACAUCGUCAUCAACGGCUCGCAAGCCGGCAUGGUGCCCAACUGGGUAACACUCCACGGGCCGUACACAUCCGCCAAAGCUGCCGUGCACGCACUGGGCGCCGCCAUGCGCCCCGAAGCUGCCGAGCACGGCGUCGGCGUGACCACGGUUGUUAUUGCAGGCACGCAAACGGAGAUCAUGAAGAGCGAGCGGAGUAGGCCGGACAGGUUUGGAGAGCCGCUCAAGGUCGAGGUUAAGAAGAGGGAGGCGAGGCGUGUGCCGGCGAGUGAGGUGGCGGGCCAGAUUUUGGACGGGAUUAGGCUGGAUAAGGGGUGGGUGGCUACGCAUCCAGAUUUGAAGGCGAGGACGAAGCAGUAUUUUGAUGAGAUUCUUGCGGCGUAUGAUCAUUAGGUUGCGUGUAAGUAGGAAUGGGGUGGCUAUUGUAGUAGCCUAUCAUUUGUCUUGGGUGCUUUGGUUCUCCAUCCCACUAGUACAACGCCUUGAAAGUCUCCUCGCUUCCAAUUACGAACCUGGACGAAUACGUGUGGAUAAGCAUAGUUGAAAAAGGUGGAGUUGCAUACGAUGCUCUUCUUCGGUACAGAGUAGCGGGAUACGGAUAAAAAUGCUCAAUUAUAAAAUAAUCUAUCUAAUCCCUCCUCGGCGU